AUGAAGAGCCCGGACCCCGAGGAGCGCCUGUCGCCCCAGCAGUGGGGACAGGUCAUCACCAUUGCCGGCAUAGGCACAGUCCUUGAAUGGUUUGACUUCUACACCUACACCCAGCUCAAUGCCACCCUGGACAGAGUGUUUUUCCCAACCGACAAUGAGGCCAUCCAGGCCCUCGCGUUCUGGGGCGUCUACGCCGCCGGCUUUGUCGUCAGGCCCAUCGGCGCGCUCAUCUUUGGACACAUCGGCGACACAGCGGGACGCAACCGCUGCCUGGUGGUGUCUAUUCUGUUCAUGGCCUUCAGCACUGUGGCGAUAGGCGUCCUGCCCACCUACAGCACCGGCGUGUACAGGGCCGGCAUCGCAGCGCCCGUGCUGCUGGCGCUGCUACGCAUCUUGCAGGGCCUGGCGCUGGGCGGGGAGCACAGCAGCGCGAUGUGCUACAUCAGCGAGCUGGCGGACAAGGGGCAGCGCGGGCGCUUCACGGCCGUCCUGCAGUGGUGCGUCAACAUCGGGAUGAUCAUUGCCACGCUCAUGGCCAUGAUGCUGCAGAACACACUUUCGGAAGAUGCCAUGUUGAACUGGGGCUGGCGCGUCCCCUUCCUGUGCGCCGCCGCCACGGCCCUCCUGGGAGCUGCUCUCCGGCGCAACAUGCCGGAGCCGCACGCGUUUUUGGAGGCCGCACGCCUGCAGAAGAGGCUCGCGUCUGGCGGGGGCGUGGCGGCGGACGCGGCAGAGGACGGCGCGGGCGGGCAGCGGUGCGGGGCCUGCCAGGCUCCCCAGUCCUGCGGGGCUUGCCAGGUGGUGCGGCCCCCGACGGCGCCUGACCUGCUGGUGCAGGUGGCGGCCGGUUCAGAGGUGCAAUCAGAUUCGCUGUCUGAUGCCCCAGUGGAGGCCGUGCACGGCCAUGCUGCCGCGCGCACACCGAUUGUGCGCCUCAUGCGCACCAAUCUGGCAGGCGUCGGGCUGCACAUCUGCCACAUGAGCUGGGUGUCUGCCGCAUUCUACCUGACGUGCAGCUGGCUUGCCAAGGACUUGCGCACCUACGGCUAUCCCCUCAAGAUGACGCAGGGCAUCCUCAUUGUGUCGCUCAUCCCCAACGCCGUCGGCCUCUUCCUGGGUGGCCUGGCCCUGGACCGCGGCCUGCCCGCCCUCUACAGCAACAUGGCCCUCGUCACCGCCGCCACCGCCCUGGCCUUCCCCGUGUUUUACGGCGUGGGCAGGUCCCUGGCCGCGGCGUGGUGCCUGGUGCCGCUGUUCCAGCUGUUCGUUGGGGCGGUGCAGGUCCACAGCCUGCUGCCCUGCACGCGCAUCUACGAGCCCCUGUCGCGCACAACGGGAUUCUCCUUUGGCUACAACUGCGGCUACGGCAUCAUCGGGGGCCUGUCGCCCCUGCUGGUUGCGGCCAUCAAGACUGGCCUGCCCGGCCACGUACACCCCUUUGCGCCGGCGCUGUGGCUGCUGUUCCUGGCCGGCGUGUCGGUGCUGGGGGACGUGGGCCUGCGCCUGUACCAGCCGCGCCUGGGAAAGCCCUUUGUGGGCCACAUUGAGUGA